UUAUAUAUAUAUAUAUAUAUAUAUAUAUAUAUAUAUAUAUGUAUGUAUGUAUAUAUAUAGUUUAUAAUGUUUAUUUGAAAGUGAAUAUAAGAUAAUGAGGUUAUAUUUUGGAAUAUUUUCGAUAAAUUAUAUUAAGUAACUUUGAUCGAAAAAAUUUCAAGUGUGCCGCCAUGUUUAUGUAUCCUGAACCUCCCCCAAUCGAUUAUGUUCUCGAGGAUGUCUCAUUAACAUUGUUAUCCGAUGGCAUUUUUUUAUACGGCAAACCAGGGCCGACGCAUAAAUAUAUAGGAAAACAACUUCGUCCCAUAAAAAGAAAAAUUACCGACCCCGUGGCGCCACCUACUGAACUCGAUCCUCGUACACUUAACGUGCUUGCAGAAAAGGAGGGAUCUUGGUACGCCCAAUCGAAAGAUGCUUUCCUUAUUUACGAAAUUUCAUCUUUUAUUAAACAAUUGAAAUAUUCCAAUCGUGAUGAUAUAAGUCCAGUAUCCUUAUUUCCAAGAUCAAAGAAAUACGAGUAUCAGUAUAUUAAGGAGAAACGUUUGGAAGAUGUACCAAAGGAAACAUUUUUUGAUAAAUUUCAAUGUGGCGUGAAAGAUGAAAAAAAGGAAGAUAUAUCGAAACCUGACGAGGAGCCAUGUUACAUUUUGAAGCCGCCAUUUUGGUGGAAAGAUAAAAGCAGAAAACAAUUGAAACUCCCUAUAGGUUAUAUCAACGAUUAUGCAUAUGAUCGAUCGGAAUACACCGAACAAGGAUUUGAUUAUGCCAAUCACGAGAUUGAGACUGUAAAAAAAGAUGUCGAGGAUAUUGCCAACUGUCGAGAAAAGAAAUUAUUAAAAGUAGAAAGUCCAGUAAAAUGUCCUAUUGAAAAAGAUGGUUAUACUCCCAAAAAAUCGGACGUUAAAACAGAAAUAAGAUGGCAGCCCCUUUACAAAUUAACUCAAUUUCCAAAAACUACUAAGAAACGUAAGGAAGAGUUACAAAUGCUUACGAAGCCUUAUCUCCAUGAGUUAAACACAUGGUAUGCUAAAAAUUUACCAACGAAGCUUCAUUUGCCAGUAAGAUUGAAAGGAAAACGACCAAUGCCGGAAUGGCGAUUUUCACACAUGUAAAUCGUAUUGUUUUGAACGCAAACACAAAAGAAGAAUUUACGAUUUAUUAACAAAUAAUUAGAAAAUAAAAGAGAAAAGAAAAAAAAAACUUAGAAAAAAAGAUUAUUCCACAAAAUUAUUGUAUCCAGAAUAAUUACUUUUACAGUUAUUUAUUUUAAUAAUUUAUAUAAAAUAUUUUUUGUAUCAUUAAUAAUUAAAUCAAACGAAGAUGUAAAGUAUGUUAAAAUUAAUUCAUAUUUUUUCUUUUUUCCCAGUACAAUUACAUGUUCAUCUCGAACGAGUUGUUCCAAUA